GUAUUGAAGUAUAUUUUAUUUUCGUUCUUCGUAUGUUUAAAUCUUUAUAUUGUGUGUCAAAAAUUUUAGUUGUUUAGAAAAAUUGCAGAAAUUAAAAAAGUAUAAUUGUAUGUUAGCUGAGUGUACUCGUCCAUAACAUAUUCCACUAAAUAGUACAAUGAAUUAACUUUUAAUAAUUUCUAGAAAUAUUCGAUACUAUUAAUUCGAUAUUAUUAAAUUGAAAUUUUGAAAACGGAAAUACAUUCAAAUAACAAUGACUGUUAAGGAGUGGAUUGUAACAUUAAAACCUGUACAAUUAUACAUAAUUAUGUUUACUACUUUAACAUUCUUUAUAAUAGAAAUGAGUGCAAGCUAUAUUACGCAUUCUUUAACUCUUUUACUACAUUCUUAUUACAUGCUAUGUAAUAUUAUAGCUCUUACUGGAUACUUAGCGUCGACAAAGAAAUCAUCUUCUGAUAGACAAAUAAGAAGCACUUUUGGAUGGGCAAGAAUUGACAUUGUAACAAUGUUAGUAUGCUGUGUUCUUGUCGCUUCAUUCUGUUUCUCUAUUUUAAUUGAAGCAGUACAAAAAUUAAUUCACAUUGAUCAUUUAGAUGCUAUGCAUCAUCCAAUACCAGUUAUGUUCAUAGGUUUUAUUGGAAUUAUACUACAUAUAUUAUACUACAUUUUUAUUGGUGAAUACUCAUUGAAUCAGGGAAUUUACUUACAAUUCUCUAAAGCUGGUUUAAUUUUGCCUAGAUGCUUGAAACUGCAAGCAAUGCAUACUGACAGAGAUCUGCGAAAAUGUAAUUCUCUUAUUUUGACCAAAAGUAAAGGAAUAAGAGAAAUGUGUCGAGAUUUUUUAUGCUGCAUAUUUGUUAUAUUGGAUUCGUUAAUAGUAUAUCUUUCUAAUUCUUCGUACAGUGCUCGCUUCAUAGAUCCAAUAUUUGCAAUCCUGUCAUCGAUCUCACUAUUUACCUUUAGUUACUCUUACAUGAAGGAAUCGGGUCUCAUUCUUUUGCAAACCAUUCCAAAUCAUAUCAACAUUCAAUCACUUAAAAGAGAAGCGUUAGAAGCAUUUCCUGGUAUAGUAAACAUACAUGAUUUACAUGUUUGGCAACUAAGAAACGAACAUGUUAUAUCUACUGUCCACAUAAUUUUUUUGGAUUCAACUGUGUACAGAAAUAUCACAGAUGAAGUAAUAUCAUUCUUCGCUGAAAUAGGUGUAACACAAGUAACUGUACAACCAGAAUUUCAUAAGAAAAUAUCAAAUUUCAACAAAUUAGAAUGUCUGAUCACUUGCAAAGAUGAUAGCUGCAAAUCCUCUCAAUGCUGCACAAAGCGGGAAAAUGAUGAUUUUAACAAUUUUGUUACUUGUUAGUUUAAUUUAAAACUAGCGAUGUAUUCCUCGCUCGCUAACGCUCCCUCGGUUAUAGUUGUACUUAUUGUUGUUUACUUACUGUAGUUUAUGUAUAUUAUAUACAUAAUUUAUGUUUUAAAGUAAUAUAUUAUUAAUAUUGUAUAAAAUUUAUCUUAAUUUUGAUCAGUAUCAUUCAAGGAUGAAAUGACAAUUGUUAAAUAUUAAAUGUUUUAAUUUAUUAUAAUUAUAACAACAAUAUUCAUUAUAUUAUAUUAUAUAUUAAUAUAUUAUUUUAUAUUAUAUUAUAUUGCUGUAAAUUGCCCCACAAACACAUGGAAAUUUUGCAAAAAUGUUCAUAAUAAAUCGAAAAACCUUUUAAAA